AUGUCAAGUUUGAGGAUUUUGCUAUGCCUGACGCUGCUGUUUGCUAUAUGGCAGAUGUCUGAGGCCAGAGGAGGAGGCGGCGGCGGUGGACACGGUGGUGGUGGAGGUGGUCACGGUGGAGGAGGACGUGGUGGCGGCUUUGGAGGAGGAGGAGGACGUGGUGGCGGCUUUGGAGGACGUGGCGGAGGCUUUGGAGGACGUGGCGGAGGCUUUGGCGGACGUGGUGGAGGUUUUGGAGGUCGUGGCCCUGGAUUUGGAGGCGGAUACGGUGGCGGCCGUCCCUACUAUGGCUAUGGCGGAUACAGAGGAUAUGGAGGCUAUAGAGGAUAUGGAUAUGGAUACGGCGGCAUUCUACCCGUGCCUCUGCCCAUUCCCCUGCCGGUAUCCUACAGCGGCUGCUACUACGACAGCUACGGCUACUACACAUGCUGA